CAAAGAUAAUAGGAGACAAAGCAGCUGCGUUCUUACUCAGCACGGGGGUCAGAGCGCUUCGCAAACAAGACACAUUUCAGCCAAAGUAGAGGGAAAUUAGUGUUUUAUUAUUAGAAUUUAGCCUAACAAACUUUUUGUUCCUACCACCCUUGAUCAGAAAGGAGUCUUUUCUUUUAAAAAUGUCAAACUUAUCAGAUUUGGAUCACUAUUCAACCAGCUAUCGUGUUUUCCUAAAGAAUUGCUCUAAUAUAGACCAGUCCACAAGUUCAAGUUUAGAGAAAAACAUUCCAAAAAUAUUAGCAAAGCUUGGAAAAGUCGCCACAUCAGUGGAAACACCUCUGUGCAUUCUUGGAGUGGGUAGCGGCAAAGGAGCUUACGAUUUGGUGAUCCUUCAAUCGAUUAUAGAUUUUUACUACCCUAUCAAGCCUUGCAUCAGUGAAACGGUGGUGGAGCCAAGCGAAUCGUUCAUUGCAGAGUUCAGGAGGUCCGUUGCCAUUCAAGAAUUUCCUGAUGUCUGCUUCUCUUUCCAGUGCAAGACGUUUCAAGAGUUUGCCCAUGAUAGCCGCCACAGCGAUGACAAGUUUGCAAUUAUUCACUUUAUUCGUAGCAUUUACUAUGUAGAUCUAAAGCCAGACCUAGCCUUCUGUUACAAAAAUAUUCAAAUAAGAGGCUCUAUUGUGUGUGUUUUACACAGCCGUGACUGCGCUACGUAUCUCAUCUUUAAGAAGCUCGCAAGUCUUCAAGGGAAGGUUUUCACUUUUCUAUGUGGAGAUGACGUCAUAAACAAUGCUAAGGAGCAAGACUGGGAAUACGAGAAGUUUACCUUUACUUACGAUUUGGAUGCUACGGAUGUUUUCAAGGAAGAGUCAGCAGAGGGAAACUUGUUGUUGGAUUUUCUUACUCAUGUGGACGACUUUAGGAAGAAUGAGCCUAGCGAAGUUGUUCACAAAAUGGUGGAUUAUAUCAGAGAGUUUUGUGAUGUGCAGGAAGAUGGGAAACAUAUAAUCAAGAUUGAGAAUGAGCUUAUAGCUAUUUACAAGCGCUAGGACGUACGGACAGUUUACGCACCCAUGAGCCUUCCUAUCAUAUGCAACCCCUAAUGCUUGACCUACAAAACAGCGACUUGUGUAACAGGAUUACGCACUGGGGCAAUCGAGAUAUAUCACGCUAUUGGAAAGAUCAAAACCUCCCGGGGCUCUGAUAAGAAAAUUCUGGGAAGCGACGAGCUCUCCCGACCCGCUCCCCCCCCCCCUCCCUGUAUUUGAUAAUUUCCACCCCUUCCAACAGCUUAACCCGCCUAUACUUAUUAUUUAACUUGAUAAACAGUCCAAGACAUACUGCGAACUAGCUACAUACAUCCAAACACAAAAAGUGGCUUAUUAACUGGAGACAUAAGAGCUUGUGAGAAUCACACUGAUGUAAGUGAAUCAAGCGAAUGAAAAGAAGUGAGAAAAGCAA